CUGAGGGACACCCACUAUACCAGCCUGUGCCUUCCGCAUGCUGCGUAACUAAGCAGCCCCUGCUUUCCAACUACAAUCUCAGAACCUCAGUCCUAACAAAAAAGAGAGACUGAAGAGGAACCAUGAUCAUCACUUUGCUCCUGCUGAGUGGAAUUUUGUGUUUCUUCAUAUCUAUGCUCUGGAAAAAUCUGUUUGCGGCAAAGAGAAACACUGGUAAAAUGUCAUCAAAUUUGACUGCUUUUGCUCGAACUUCUUGCUCAUGUCACAGCUGUACCCAGAGUCCUUCAGUCACCAAGCUUGCUCAGGAUAUCAUUAAUAGUUUCCCAACUUCAAUGAGCCUACACAAGCGAAUAUUGGUAAACUUCAAGGUCAUGCAACACCAGCUGAUUGAAUUGGAACAACUUCUAACUAUGAAGGACUUAAAUAUUGCAAGAGUUACCAAGAAAUCCACUAGAAAGGUUCAAAUGUACCAUGAAUGUAAAGGCAUUCAUUAAAGGCACUUUGAGUGGU